AUGGUUGUGGUCGGUUUGCAGAUUCUGAGGGUUUGGAGGCACCAUUAGAUAACCUGGUCUAAGUCUGUCAGUGCUGAGCACGUGACCUCGAUCCGCUGAGAAUCGAGGACUUUCUUUCAUGGGAACCAACUCACGUCCUGUCUCGGACCCCUUCCUCAUCAGUAUUGUAACUUUUGGCAAGUCAUCAACACUAUGCACUGCGUUCUCAAUGACUAUGUUGUUCUGUUUUGCAUAUUGUCUCAUCAAAAGAAAGGAUCUGCUAUGGAAACAACACAACCAGAACCUAGCAGAAAACCUGGGGACACCUGCCCAGGAAUGCAGAUUAGACUAUUAAACAUCUGCUGCAGCUUACAAGUAGAACUAUCACUCGAACCAUCAAAAGGAUCUGCUGUGAACAUAACACAACCAGAACCCAGAGGACAACCUGGGGACACCUGCCCUGCAACACAAACAAAAAUUCUUCCCAUCUUCCGUUACAGAAAAGUUCAGCCAACGGAUCAGAGCCCAGAGGGAUCUGCUGUGAACAUAACACAACCAGAACCCAGCAGACAACCUGGGGACACCUGCCCUGCAACACGAACAAAAAUUUUUCCCAUCUUCCGUUACAGAAAAGUUCAGCCAACGGAUCAGAGCCCAGAGGGAGCUGUGGUGGAAACAAAUAAACAAAAAUUGAGUGGACAACCUGGAGACACCAGCCCUGAAAAACGGCUGAAAAUAUUCACAAUAUACCGCAGCAAGGAACUUGACUCAUCAUCAGAUAUCCGAGAGGGAUCUGCUGUGAAAAUAACACCACCAGAACGCAGCAGACAACCUGGGGACACCUGCCCUGCAACACGAACAAAAAUUUUUCCCAUCUUCCAUAAUGGAAAAGUUCAGCCAACGGAUCAGAGCCCAGAGGGCUCUUCUAACAACGAAUUGUCAACUGCUCUACCAAUGUCUAUUAAUGUCCUUGGAUCUGUUGUGGAAACAACACGAGAAACAUGUGGACAAGUUUUCGACACCUAUCCUGUAAAACAAUCGAAAUUAUUGAACAUCUUCUGUCGUAGAAAAUUUCAAGAACCAUAGGAGAUAUCAGAAGGAAACCAGAUGGAACAUCAUGUUUGAGACCAUGGUGCCCAAAGGAAGUGAAAGGAUACCUGGAGGAAGUUGUUUGUCCUGAAGGAUGUGUCUCUCCAGUCCAUUCAGGAUGGUGACUACAACAUUCCCCAGCCAAGCAGGAGACACCGUUGAUGAGGGAAAGUACCCCAUCACUGUCUUUAUAAGCAGCUUUGGUGUCGCCAAUGGUAAACAUCCUCUCAGAUAAGCUAAUGCAUGGCAAGAGGCAAGCACUCAGCACCCUUGCCACCAGGAAGAUUAUGUAUUUCAUCCCAAAUGGACGCUGUCUGAUGUUCAUCAGAAUUUGUGUGGAAAGCAACCGAGAAAGCAACAUUCGUUCCUCAAAGAUACUGAGCUCACCUUGACAGCAUUAACUUGCACUUCUCCUCUGAUGUUCUGGAAUACUCUCAUGAUGAAGAAAGCAAAAGAGAAAGUGUAAGGGGGAGAGCAGUAGAGGAAAAGGGAGAGAGAAUACUAAGCAGGCUCCAUCCUAAGCAUGGAGUCCAACCUAGGAUAAUCUGAUGACCUGAGGUAUGAACUCUGAGAUGAAACCAGGAGGCAGUCACAUACCUGAAUGAACCAAACCUGUGCCCCUGGAAUAAGUUUUCUUGAAUCAACUAAAGGAAUGAAUUUCCUGGUUACUUUCAAUCGACUCCUUUGCUGGUUGUAUUUUGGUUUUUCCUCAAGCGUGAAGUAGUUUGGUCCAGUUUUGUAUCUACAGAGAUCCAUAAACAUUUUUCACCUAAGGUUUUUGAUUGUAGACACUGGAAAACUCGUUACCAUAGAAAGAGCUGUGGACAUCUUGCUGUCAGAAGACCAAGUGGAAAUUUUGAAACUUGACACGCACUAUCCAGGAUGAAAAUUCACUGGAUAGGCUCAGCAAUCUGAUGAAGAAACAAAGUAGACAGUGGACGUGUAAACAGAACAAGAGAAAUCGUACUAUCAUGAGAGGAGUGCGAAAAGACUGAACAAAAAUUGAUAGGAACUUAAACAUGCAUGCCUAGGAUACAUCAAAAGUGCUAAGUUCCACAGCAUGGAGUUCCUGUAGGAAAGCAGUUGGUGGGGAUCCCUGGGUGGCGCAGCGGUUUAGCGCCUGCCUUUGGCCCAGGGCGCGAUCCUGGAGACCCGGGAUCGAAUCCCGCGUCGGGCUCCCGGUGCAUGGAGCCUGCUUCUCCCUCUGCCUAUGUCACUGCCUCUCUCUCUCUCUCUGUGUGUGACUAUCAUAAAUAAAUAAAAAAAAAAAAAACAGUUGGUGUAGAAGAAGGUAUGGGGGCAAAAUGGCUGAAAAUUUCACAAA